CCGGGCAUAUUAGGAGGGAGCCAUCAAACACCCGCGAAUAGGGUUUCCGGUUGUUCCCCCCUGCCACGCUGCCACACUGCAGGCAUCCACAUAUCUUCCCGAUUUUUUGUUCUUCGCUACGCCCGCACUUAUCGUCAGCUGUUGCCGUAUUCAACUGUGGCGAAAGUCUCUUACCCCCGCUGUAUAAGUAUCUCUGUUUCGAUUGUUAUUUACCUGUUCCUUUUGAACAAACAGAGAAGAUGAAAUCGGUGGUUGGAAUGGUGGUUUCAAACAAGAUGCAGAAAUCCGUGGUGGUUGCUGUGGAUCGGCUCUUUCGCCACAAGCUCUACAACCGCUACGUCAAGCGGACCAGCAAGUUUAUGGCGCACGACGAGCACAACGAAUGCAGCAUCGGCGACCGGGUUAGAUUGGAUCCAUCAAGGCCUCUUAGCAGGCACAAGCAUUGGAUUGUGGCGGAGAUCGUUCGCCGUGCUAAGGUAUACGUUCCACCCCCAGUUGCAACUGAUGGUCCGUCCAUUAACCUUUCUCAAAAUCCUGAGAAAUCGUCAUCUUAGAUUUAUAUACAUUUUGAUGUUGCAUUUUAGAGAGAAAUCUUUCUGUUUAAUAUUUGGAGUCAGCGCAUUUACCAUUUCUUUGUCUCAUCUGCUUUCACUUGCUCUUGUUGUUCCUCUUCCUCUCUUUUUACAAUCUCUGUAAAUAAUGCAAAAGUUUUGUUGGCAGAAUGGUGCCGUUGGCUUAUUGCUGUUUAGAAUUAAGGAAUGAACCCUAAAAGAAAGUGUUUUUGUUUAUAUUGCGUUGUAUGGUAAUUUUUUUACCAUAUUUUUGUA